AUGAUGAAUUCAAGUGGCAGAGCUGUUGACACACAGAACAUCCAGUAUGAUCCAGUAGACGUUGGUACCAAACCCUCCAUUGUAUUUCUUGUCUUUCUCAUGGUCAUUGGUACUGUAGCCAACGGUCAUGUUUUCGGAAUCUUUCUUUAUCGUUAUAAAAGUAGGUCAACAUAUGUCACCUUCGUUCUUGCCCUUGCUUUAAUUGACCUGCUCAUCUGUGUUUGUGAUCUUCCAUUAGAAAUAUUGGAUCUGAGUUACCCGUAUAACUUUUUUAGUGAGGUAGGAUGUAAACUUUACAAGGUAGUGAGUGCAACAUUGAUUUUAAGCUCUGUAUUUACUUUGACUCUCUUGUCACGUGAUCGUUUUAAAAGAAUUCGCCAUCCUUUAAAUCCACAAUGGUCGAAUUCCACAUGUAGACGGUAUAUAGGAGCAGUGAUAUUGCUAUCAUUCAUUCUCUCUGCUCCUGUAAUUUACAUCCAUGGUCUACAUGUGGUGAAAAUCUCUGACGGUACUGAAGUCGAAAAGUGUUUCUUUGAAGACGACAUUGACGAAAAAUUAAACCUUCCUUUAAAUUUCAAGGGAACGAGGAAGGUUUCCGGAAGAUUAAGAUCAAUGAAUGUGGUACCAAAAAUUCAGAAGAAGAGAAAAGUGUUACUUGGCAAUCAUCGCUCAACAGUUAUCAUGUUUAUUAUAACUUCCAUCUUCAUUUUCGUCUUCCUACCUUAUCUUGUGCUAGGGGUAUUUUUAUGUUUAAAAGAAAACUUUAAAGAUAACAUGAACGAGGUAGAAUUAAGUGUAUAUCGUCUUUCGAUGCGACUCAUGUUUGUUAACAACAUUGUAAAUUGUUUUGUGUAUGGUAUUUUCGAUCCCAGAUUCAAAAAGGUCUGUAAAGAAUUUUAUAAAACUUGCUUCUGA